AUGUUCGUCUUCAACCUUGCACUGGCACUCUCAGAAGCAACCUCAAAAUCUCCUCUCCAUCUCUCCAUAAAACUCUCUCUCUCUCUCUCUCUCUCUCUCUCAACCAUCUCUUCACUUUCCCUUAACCGAAGGUUGAAUCUUCAUACUCGACCUCAUUUCAGCCUACUCGAAUUCCCUCUCUUUUGGGCUCUCUCGUUCACUGUUCAACCCGGAGCCGGGACUCCUUUCUUUCACUGGAAGGUUACCUUGUGGUUAUCGCCUCUCUUGAUCGGAGGCCAAUGAUGUUUCCCGACUUCACAUUAGCGGUCAUGGCCAUCUCUCUGUUUUUCAUUCAGUCUUCACCUCUCUAUGCUUGAUCAAACUCUCCAUUGAAGAGUUAAUCUUAAUUAUGGAGGUAAAGCCAAAAAGGAGAAAUGCUGCAGAGAAUGGGGAAACUACAGAAGAUCUGGUGUUUGCAACAUUAAGUGGGAACGGGGAUGAUCUUGCUCCAAUUGUGAGAUAUGCAUUUCAAAUGGGGCGGCCAGAAACUCUUCUUCAUCAGUUGAAGAGCAUUGUGAAGAAGAAAGAAGUUGAAAUCGAGGAGCUGUGCAAGACUCACUAUGAAGAAUUUAUUCGUGCUGUUGAUGAACUUCGUGGUGUAUUGGUCGAUGCUGAAGAAUUGAAGGGUAAAUUAUCUAGUGAUAAUUUUAAAUUGCAAGAGGUAGGCAGUGCUCUCUUGGUCAGACUCGAGGAACUUCUUGGAUCUUAUUCUAUUAAAAAAAAUGUGACUGAAGCUAUCAAAAUGUCUGAGACUUGUGUUCAGAUGUUGGAACUUUGUGCCAAAUGCAAUGAUCAUAUCUCGGAAGGUCAGUUCUACCCUGCAUUGAAAACUAUAGAUUUGAUCGAGAAAAAUUAUUUGGAGAAAAUUUCUGUCAAGGCACUAAGAAUUGUCAUUGAGACAAGAAUUCCUAUGAUUAAAUCUCACAUUGAGAAAAAAGUUUCAAAUGAAUUUAAUGAAUGGCUUGUUUACAUCAGAAGUUGUGCCAAGGUUGUUGGGCAAACGGCUAUCGGUCAUGCAGCAACUGCUCGUCAAAGAGAUGACGAAAUGUUAGAACGUCAGAGAAAAGCCGAGGAACAAAGCAUUUCAGGUCUUGGAGAUUUUGUAUAUACUUUAGAUUUUGAAGAUAUUGAUGAGGACUCUGUUCUAAAGUUUGACCUAGCACCUCUUUAUCGUGCAUAUCACAUUCAUACAAGCCUUGGAAUCCAAGAGCAGUUUCGUGAGUAUUACUCUAGGAAUCGGAUGCUGCAGCUUAAGGCAGACUUGCAGAUCUCCUCUACUCAGCCUUUUGUCGAAUCAUAUAAGGCAUUCUUUUCUCAAAUUGCAGGAUAUUUUAUCGUGGAGGAUCGUGUCAUGAGAACUGCUAAAGGGUUAUUAUCAGCUGAACGUGUUGAUGCAAUGUUAGAAACUGCUGUUAGCAAGUUGACAUCCUUGCUGGAAGAACAAUUUUCCCUCAUGGACUCUGCAACCCACCUUCUCCUGGUGAAGGAUUAUGUCACUCUUUUGGCAUCUGCUCUUAGACCGUAUGGGUAUGAAAUUGCCCCGGUUCUUGAGGCCAUAAGUAAAAACCAAGACAAAUACCAUGAACUUCUUUUGGAAGAGUGUCGGCAGCAGAUUGUGGAUGUUCUUGCUAAUGACUUAUAUGAGCAGAUGGUUAUAAAAAAAGAUAGUGAUUAUGAAAACAACGUUAUCUCCUUUAAUCUCCAGCCUUCAGAUAUAAUGCCUGCAUUUCCAUAUAUAGCAACAUUUUCUUCCACAGUUCCUGAUGUCUGCCGCAUUGUGAGGUCCUUCAUUAAAGGGUCUGUUGAUUAUUUGUCUUACAGUGCACAUUCUAAUCCUUUUGAUAUUGUGAAGAAGUAUCUGGACAAGCUCCUAACUAAUGUUUUAACUGAAGCAAUACUCGAUACUGUUCAUAGCAGCUCCGUUGGUGUUUCUCAAGCCAUGCAAAUUGCUGCAAAUAUAACUGUCCUGGAAAGAGCCUGCGACUUUUUCCUUAGCUAUGCAGCUCAACUAUCCGGGACGCCUGUUUUUUCAGUGGAAAGGCCACAAGCUAAUCCUGCUUCUAGUAUUGUUCUCAAAACUUCAAGAGAUGCAGCUUAUCUUGCAUUGUUGAAUUUGGUGAAUACCAAAAUAGAUGAGUUUAUGGCUCUUACAGAGAAUAUUAGUUGGACUUCUGAGGAGGUUUCUGCUAAUGCAAAUGACUAUAUAAAUGAAGUGCUUAUUUAUCUUGACACUAUAAUGUCCGCCGUACAACAGAUUUUACCUAUAGAAGCCGUGUAUAAGGUUGGAAGUGGAGUGUUUGAACACAUAUCCGACUCUAUUUUUGCAGCUUUUCUUAGUGAUAGCGUCAAAAGGUUCAAUGCUAACGCAGUCAUGGCUAUUGACAAUGAUCUAAAGGUGCUGGAAACAUUUGCAGAUGAGAGGUUCCACAGCAUUGGACUGAGUGAAGUGUAUGAAGGGGGUAGUUUUCGGAACUCUCUAGUAGAAGCCAGACAACUUAUUAACCUUUUGCUGAGCAAUCAACCUGAAAACUUCACAAAUCCUGAGAUAAGAGAGAAGAACUAUAACAUGUUGGAUUACAAGAAGGUGGCUAGUAUAUGUGAGAAAUUCAAAGAUUCUCCUGAUGGGAUCUUUGGGAGCCUUUCAAGCAGAAAUGCGAAACAAAGCAGUCGAAAGAAGUCAAUGGACAUGCUGAAGAAAAGACUGAAAGAUUUCACCUAACAAGGCUUGAAGAGAUGGGUGCAAUAGCAGUAAGAACUCAACUCUUUUUGCCCUAUUGAUUCAAUGCCUGUACAAUUUUUUUUCUCUGCUGCGAUUUGUUUGGAUGUUUUGUGUUAUAUUAUUUCAUGGCCAAUUGUUUCAUUUGAUAAUGCAUGUUUCAUCUUCGAGCUUGAAGAAACUCUUGGUCAUUA